UAAAGCGAUGUCGUUUGGAGGUUAGUUGAGGAACUCUCUCCCUAGUUUUCUUUGGACGGCUUAAGAAAAAGGUCUCGAAAUAUAGAUCGCGCUCCAGUUCACAAGAUCUUGAUUGUUGCAGUUCACAAGAUCGAGUCGGUCUUGAACUUGAAUCAAACUCGUGAUAUUUCUCCUCAAUGGCUAACAAAGUUCAAAUUGCCACAAGAAACUCGGCACUCAUCGCCAUGAUUGCUGAUGAGGAUACAAUCACUGGAUUUUUACUGGCUGGAGUGGGCAAUGUUGACAUAAGGAGAAAGACUAAUUAUCUUAUUGUGGAUUCAAAAACAACGGUUAAAGAAAUUGAAGAUGCAUUCAAGGAGUUCACAACAAGAGAGGACAUUGCAAUUGUGAUGAUCAGCCAAUAUGUUGCAAACAUGAUAAGGUUUUUAGUUGAUAGCUACAACAAGCCUGUUCCUGCAAUUUUGGAGAUUCCCUCCAAGGAUCAUCCAUAUGAUCCUAACCAUGAUUCUAUUCUUUCACGAGUGAAGAACCUGUUCUCGACUGAAUCAGUCGCAUCCGGAAGGCAUUAAAUCACAUAUAUAUGCUCAAUAUUAUAUAUUUAUUCGCUGCCGAGUUUGUAUCGUGAUCACUGUACUUAAGUUGCUCCUCUUCCAAUAUUUUUAUUUUUUCUUGUCAAAAAUGUCGAAUCUGCUACUUGGUUCUUAGUUUUUUUUUAUUUGUUUGAAUAAAUAAUAUUUUGAUGACAAUGAACUAGAUGGGAUCACUAUUUAGCUAA